UCCUGUGCAGCCUUGGGGCAUCCCGGAUGGAGUUCCGCCUCUGGCCGCUAGGGGGCGCUCGUCAGGCCGCCCGCUGGCCCGUUUAAGAGGAGGUUGCGGUGGGGCCCACCGGUCCGGACCCGUCCUGAGACUGACCGGCCGAUCGAUGGCCGGGCUGAGCCGGAGCUCCCCUGAGCCGGCGGCCUGGGGGCGUUGCUGGAGCUGGGAGCCGGCGGCUCCCGGCGGGAGAGGCCCAGGCUCGGCGGGAGAACGCGGCGGCGGAGGAGGCCGCGGACACGGCGCGUCGGCCCGGGGGGGAGGCAUUGCGGCCGCGGGGAGAGGGGCAUCAGGGGCAGGGGGUGAGAGCCCAGGGGCUCAGCUGCGGGGGUGUGUGGGGAGAGGGGCAAUGUGGUGUCUGGCACUGGGCCGACUCGGGACAGGGCCGGUGGUCAGUCUGAGGACGGGAGCACUGGUCAGUCUCGGGUCAGGAAGGUGGCCGGUGGCCAGUCUCGGGUCAGGGAGGUGGCCGGUGGCCAGUCUCGGGUCAGGGAGGUGGCCGGAGGCCAGUCUCGGGUCAGGGUCAGUGGGUAAUCUGGGUUGUUUUGGGACAGGGCCUGGGCCAGUGGUCACUCUUGGUACAGGGCCAAUGGGCAGUUGCGGGACGGGGCCAGCGGUCAGUUUCAGGAUAGAGACACCGGGGCAUCUUGGGGUGGGGCCAGUGCUCUGCCUCAGGACGGGGUCACAGGGAUGUGGUGGGGCAGGGUCAGCGGUCAGUGUGUCGGGGAGCCCUAUGGUGGGAGGGGGCAGCCUGCCACCCAUCACCCUGGGUCCUGGCCGUACUACUGCGGUGAGAGGGUGGCCCCAGUGGGGCGCCUGCAGCUGGCUCCAGGCUCCCGUCGUCAGCCCGGCGAGGAGUUACCACCGCUGGCCAAGUCAGCCGCGGGCUAGGCCGGUGAGCACCGACCUGCCCCGGGACGUUACGCUCUUCCAGAACCACAGGCCCCACUUCUUCCGCCUGCUGGGCCUCUUCUGCGGCGCCCAGGCCCUCUUCUGGGCCUACCUGGCCCACUUUGCCUUCACCUCCCUCAGGGACACGGGCUACGAGGAGACGGUGCUGGUGGGCGACCGGGCAGAGGGGCUGCCGAAGAUCGGCGGGAUCUCCCUGAACCUGGGCUCGGACAAGUGGAGAUACAGCUUCACCGUCUCCUGCCUGACUGUUGGGUGCCUGAUCCUCGCGGCAGGCUCCGCGUUCUCCCGUCGUUCCGUCUGCGGCGUCGUGCUCCACCGGGGAGGCCGGGAAGUUACCAUCUCCAGCCACCGGCUGCUGGGGGGCAGCCGCUCCUUCCGGGCGCCCCUCCGCGACCUCUCCUGCAUGGCGCACCGCAGCCAAGUGGCCUCGGUCAUCCCCCUCAAGGUCCGGGGGCACCGCCUGUACUACCUGCUGGACGGGCGCGGGCAGUUCCACAACCCUGGCCUCUUCGACAUCACCGUCGGCGCCUACAGGUCGCUCUGAGCCGAGCUCGUCGGUCGCCCGACCAGCGAAACAGCGAGGGACAGCCCCCGUGCCCGAAGGUUCAAAGAUUCCAUCUCCCCGCUAGUCCGCCAUCACGGGGUGGCGUUAUACGGGCACUGAAGCCCUCAGGAAGAUGCACCGGAGAGAGACAUUGAUACAAACACAACCGGGGUUGGUUUAUUACUAUCAAAUGAAAUCUACAGCACGUUACGGGCCCUUCGGCCCACAAUGUUGUACUAGAGAAACUGCACAGCUUGUCAUAGAUACUCUUCCUGCAGAUCGUUACACAGAGCAUCGAGGUCGAACAAGGGAAAACGGUAACAGAAUGCAGAGUGGUGUGUGAUAGCGACCGAGAAAGUCCAUUGCGGUUAAGUGAUGAGGUGCAAGUUCGUAACGAAGUAGGUCGUGAGGUCAGGAGUCCAACUUACUGUACUGUUUAAAACCCGAACACAGAUAGAGUGGAUGUGGAGAGACGUUUCCAGCUGGGUAGGAUCUGUCUUUGGGCCUGGUGGAACAAGCUUUUUGUAUCUUCUGCCCGACGGGAGGGGAGAAGGGAGAUUGUCCGGGGUGGGCGGGGGUCUUUGUGCUGGCUGCUUCACUGGGGCAGUGAGAAGUGCAGGUAGAGUCCACGGAGUGGAGGCUGGUCGCCACGAUGUGUCCGCGACUCUCUGCGGUCUCUUCAAAGUUCGAAGUAAAAACUCGUUAUUGAAUUGAAUCGGCUUUAUUUCUUGCAUCGCUCACCUACACAAGGAGGCCAGAUCUUCCCGUUGCGUCUCCGUCUGAAUGUGCGAAUGAUAGUAAUUUGUAAUAAAUAGUAUGUACAUACGUUAUCAGAGUCCGUCCAUGUCAGCACGUAACGGCCCUGAGAUCGUGUUUCCUGCAGGCAGACUGCGCGGAACUGUAGGACAGCGACUGUAAACAGGACCAACAGACAGGAUCUUGUGGCCGCAGGCAGAGACGACGACAAUGCACCGUAUCUCGAGCGAAGCAGCCCCAGUACGUCCACCUUCUCCUUUCGGCCUCAUACCCUCGGAUCUAAGCAGCGUGUCGGUAACCUCUCUCAGCCUCCUCCACAGUCCCCACGUCCUUCCUGUAACUGGGCAACCGCAACUCCAGUUGCAGUCCGACUGAAGUCUUGUGUAUCUCUAUCGUUUACCUGCACUGUACUUCCCUGUAAUAUCUGGAAUCCCCUGCCACGGGAAGCAGUUGAGUCCGGUUGAUUGGCUGUAUUUAAGAGGGAGUUAGAUGUGGCCCUUGUGGCUAAAGGGAUCAGGGGGUAUGGAGAGAAAUCAGGUACAGGGUUCUGAGUUGGAUGAUCAGCCAUGAUCAUACUGAAUGGCGGUGCAGGCUCGAAGGGCCGAAUGGCCUACUCCUGCACCUAUUUUCUAUGUUUCUAUGUCCCCAUUCCCCCCCCCCCCCCCCGUAACACGAGA